AUGUCGGAAGUCACCGAGACGGAGCGACCUGCAAGCACGAAUGGACUAAAGCGACAGUACAGUAGAGACGGGGAAGAUGAGGGAGAGCAGGAGCAGGAGCAGGAGCAGGAGAGCAAGCGACAGCGGACAUCUCCUGGUAAGAACUCACCAAAGAAUAAUGUCGGCAGUGUAGACGAGGAGGCAGCAGUGAAAGUGUCCAAGAAAGCAGCUGAAACUGAAGAAAACGCAUCUGAACAGCAGCAGCAGCAGCAGCAGCAGUCACAAGAUGAAACACCAAAAGAGACGCGUCGGAAGGCAGGCGCGAUGGACGAGAAGCAGCGGUCAAAGCGCUUGUUUGGUUCCUUAUUGGGCAACCUCAACCGACCGUCUGAUCGCGCGAGCCAAAGGCGGCAGGAGAUUGAAGCGAGACGCAAGGCUGAGCUUCAACGACAGGAUGACGAACGCCUCGAAGAGAAGAACCGGCGGCUCGAACGGCUUGUAGAGCAUAGAAGGGAGACUCAGAUCACGGUGGACAAGGAGGAUACCCGCAUACGCCAUGCUCAGCUACUCAACAACGCAAACUUCCUACAGACUAGCAGUGAGCCGAAGCUUUACUAUCGCCCGUGGGACAUGCGUGAGGAGGAAGAAGACCGCAUCACUCAGCAGGUCAGAGGAGCCAAGGCUACAAUUGCUCGUGAACGAGGAGAGCCCGAACCCGAGUCCACACCUGUAGCUACGUCUUCAGGUGGCAGUGAAGCUGGCCAAACGCGAGGUCAAUACGACGACUUGUCCGGAGGCCCGGACGUCGCUGCUAAUGAUCAGCUGGCAAACGCUAAUGCGGAGUCGGAGUUACCACGGCGAGACGGCAGUAUGGAGGCAGAGGAGGAGAGGUCAACGAAAGGUGAUGAGCCAGAUCCGUCUGCGGAAGUUGCUAUUAGCCAGCCUGAGACGGAUAUGCCGGUUCGCGGUGAUCACACAGACGGGGACCAGGAUGCUGAUAGUGAUGACAAGUCAAUCUCUCUCGUGGCUGAUCAGAAGCAGGCCGACGACGACGGGGAUCAUGUGUUAGAAGGGGAAGAAGACACUGUCAUCUACUAG